AGGGCCAGCGGCGGGAAACUGUACGAAAGGCGGUAGCGCGUGCAGCCGGUAGGUGUGCGGUGGUGGUUCCUCGUGGUUAAAUGCACUUCGAGCUCCCUCAGCGGGAUUUAAUCUGUGGGUAAGCUGAGGAUGUUGUGGGCUCCCAUGUUGAAGAUGCCAUAACAUUUUGGGCACAGCCAGGUUUCCCCAGAAUCACUGUGGUUGGAAGAGACCACUAAGAUCAAGUCCAGCCAUCAGCCCAUCACCACCACAUCCACUAACCCAUGUGUCUUAGUGCCACACGUAUGCAUUUCUUGAACACCUCCAGGGAUGAAUAUCAGUAGCUGUAACGACCUCUUGAAAUUAAGUUGUGUUCUGGCAGAAGCUUGUCCUCGGGCUCAAGCAGCAUUUGGCAAGCUUGAUUUUAAUAAGAUUUAUGGUGGCUGUUUUUCUGAAGAUAGAUGUUGGUACAGAUGUGUGGUGCAGCGUAUGAUCAACAAUGAAAAGUGUCAGGUAUUAUACAUUGACUAUGGAAAUUCUGAGAUUAUAAAUAGAUCAGAAAUAGUCGAAAUUCCUGAAAACUUGCAAUAUCCAAGUGUUGCCAAGAAGUACAGACUCUGGGGACUGCGGCUACCAGCUGAUCAGAACUUAAACAUGUUUGACCAGGGGAAGACGUUCUUGGGUAGCCUAGUUUUUGAAAAAGCAAUAAAAGUACGACAGAAGGCCAAGCAGAAGGAUGACACCAUUCUUGUCCAGGCAGAAUGUGAGAAAGUAGACAUUGGGGAAGAGGUGGCCAAGGCGGGGUUUGCUGAAAAGUACAGAUCUCCUGGAAGCACUGAAGAUGUGGAAAAGAGAGAAGAUGCCGUGCAAAACCAGUGUAAGAAGAUGAGAGCUCCUGCUCAGCUGUGGGUGAACAAGCCUGGUCACGCGCUGUGCAACCGUCCCAGGGUGUUCUUGGACCCUGUAGCUGCCCCUGCAAGGAAUGAGGUUUUUGCUGGAAACCGUAUGAUUCUUACCAAGGACAAAACACCAGCUUCUGCCCCAGUGCUUAACAGAGGUUUGGCAUGUGUGAGAGAUCAGAAUCUGGCUGAAGAGAAUGACAUCUUUGAAGAGGAGAAAGGAGCUCACAGAAAGGAGAAUCUAAAUCUAUUGAGAAGACAGAAGGAACUUGAACUGGAAGUUGAGCAUCUGAAAGGUGAACUUCAGAUAAUUAAUCAAGAAAAGGAAGCAUCCAGGAAAAGAGCUGAACAUCUCGAGGAAACCCUGCAUAAGUACAUUGGUACAAAAAUGAGAGAUUUGGCUGCUAAUGUGAAGGUGUUGAAAGAAAUAAGGCAUGCAAAAAAGAGCGCUGGUUUUGGGGAGCAGCUUUCACAAGCCAUAAAACUGGUUACAGAAGGAAAUAUCACUGUUCCGUGUUCCUUGGAAAAGUUGCAGAAGCUUUGGACAGAGUAUGACUUGGCUCAGGAGGUGAUUCGGUUAUGCGAAAAUGUGGAUGAAAGAGAUGAGUUGAUUACAAAAAGAAAUGAGGUGCAGCAAAACUUGUAUUCUGUAGUUAAAGAAUUUAUUUUGGAAGUGGAUCAACUGUUCAUCUGUGAGCGCUCGAACAUGUUACAGGAACUAUCUGUUUCUCUGGAGAUGAUUUAUGGUCAAGUUUGUGAAGUGAAUGACUCUGAAGAGGUAUUUCAACAGUUCCUUAAGUGGAAGUGUGCUAAAAUAGAGGAGUUCAUUGAUAUUAGAAAUCAUACAGAUGCUGCUUUGCGAAUUCUCACUGACCUGUUCAGCAGCAUCCUAAAGUGUUUUGACCUGAGCUCAGAAGCAUUUUCUGAUAUAGAGGAAGUUCCUGGUAAUGUGGAUGAAGCUCUCAAAGAAGCCGAAUUGUGUAUUUGCAAAGAGCUGAAGACAGACUUAACAGAGCAUGACGAGAAAGAGAAAGGAAUAAUUAAGAGUGCAUACAGUAAAGUUAUGCAGAAAGUUUGUCAAGAGCAAGAUCUGAUCACAGUCAUACAAAAAACAUACUUGGCCAGUGUUGAGUUCAAGAAAGAAGCUGAGCAAUGGCUGAAUAGAACACCUAAUUCUGACAACUUAUUAUCAAUUAAAAAAGCAGUGAAAAGUUUGAAGGCCCAGCUAAGAUGGAAGUUGACUGAGAAGAACAACACUGAGGAAUCUGACGAUUACAGUGAGCUUGAAAUUACAAGAAUAAAAGAAGAAAUUGCUGCUCUGCGAAAUAAGCUUCUUCAGGAAAUAUAUAGGGAACAAGAAGAAUAUGAGAAACUUGCAUAUUUGGUACAGAAAUGGUUCCCUGAGUUGCCACUUCUGUAUCCAGAAGCAGGAAUUCUAAGCUAUAUGAAUUCAGGUGGACUUCUGUCGCACAGCCUGGAGCGAGACCUUCUAGAUGCUGAGCCCAUGAAGAAACUGAGCACAAAGCGGCCUUUAGUGUGUUCAGAAAUUCAGGAUCAGAAGGUUCUCCUAAAGGGAUACUCUGUAGAUGUGAGCUCAGAAGCCAAAGUGAUAGAGAGAGUUGCCAAGUAUCACAGAGCCUGGGAUCAGCAGAAGGAGAAGUCCAGUUUAUUACAACUGUUGUUUCUUCUUUUCUGCAAGUCUGAUCCUCUGGUGUAUUUAAUGGUCCCAUACUACCCCGGAGCAAGUCUGACUGCUGUACAGGCUGAUGCACCUUUAACUUUAGAAGAGACAUUAAAAGUCAUGAAAGGAGUGGCCCAAGGUCUGCAAACGUUGCACGGAGCUAAUAUAGUACAUGGAUCUCUGCAUGGAAAUAAUGUUUUUGCUGUGAAUCGAAAACAAGGAAUUGUUGGAGACUUUGACUUCACUAAAUCAGAGGAGCAACGUGCUGCUGCAGACACAAUGGUUAUUGGUACCCUGAGCUUGGUUUCUCCUGAACUGAAGAUGGGACAGCCAGCUUCUCCGGCCUCUGACAUGUAUGCCUAUGGCUGCCUUCUGUUCUGGCUUUGCAUUCAAAACCAGGAAUUUGGCAUAAAAGAAGAUGGAACACCUGAGGUAGAUGCGGUUGGCAUGGAUGAUAAAGUUAAAUCUCUUAUCCUGAAUUUGUUCCGCUGUGACAGACUGACAGCUGAGCAGGUGCUGAGGGAUGAUUGUUUCCUCUUAGCUGAUGCCAUUCCAGUUCCUUCACAGCUAGGUGAAGAGCAUGAGCCACCUAAGGAACACGAUUCUGAGAAGACAGAUGAAGAGGAAGAUGCAGUUAACUCCGAAAAGAACGCAGUAAACCCUACCCAGUAGAUAAGGAGCUUGUCUGUCAGGUGUUUGACACUUGUUUUUGUUUCAUUUUGAGAUCAGUUGUCCUGAUUUAAAAUCUCAAAAUAUAAAAGGCGUGAUAGGGGCAGUCAUGUUUUGUGAGGUUUAUGUAAUCACUGCUUUCUUUUAAAGUACAUAGUCUAAGAGUUCAGAAAUAUGCGAUUAUUCCUUAAUUUGUCACCCUUUUCUUUGCCUGUUAUGAAGGCUUUGCAUUUAUGAAGUAUAGUUUGUUAAUGACAGAAGUAUUUAAGGUCUAGUGACUUUUGUAUCCAGUUUUUUGGUGUUACCUUUUCAGUUAAGUUUUUUGUUACUGCAGUAAGGUAUUUCCUACUGCAACUGUCUUCAAGAUUUAAGAAAAAAAGCCUUCAGCUGGUCAGGAAAAUAGGAAGCAAGCUGCCUCUUUUCUCUUUCUGCACCUCAAGAUUUCUAAAUAGCAGACACUGUUUCAGUUGCUCUUUCACAGUGUUGCUGUGCUAAGUGGAAUACUAUGCACACGUGUGCUGCAGAAAUCACUGCUUAUCCGUUCUACUGUGUGUAUCAUCUGUUCUUAGGUAUUGUUGACCGCAGUUUGGCAUUUUGAGUGUGUUUACUUUUCUGCAGUGCUUUUCUGUUAGCAUUACCCUUAAAAAAGUUUUGUUAGCUCUUUAUUUUCAUAGGAAACUGUUGCUUAUCUGUAGUUCUUCUCUCUUGGGAGGGGGAAAGGUUAAUGUUCAGAGUUCCUGUAGCAAUAGAUUUAGCCUCUGGGUGUUGCUCUUGGACAGUGCUGUUGGCAGACUAGUAUUUUGCAGAGGAAUUAUUGAAAAAGCCUGUUGUCAGAUGAAGAAUGUAAGAAUUUGGUGUGUAAUGGGCAAGAUGCAGCAGCAGGGAAACCAGGAAACCCUUAGGUACAAUAAUAGUCAACGGUAGAAUAUAUCAUUCUGGCAGUUCCUUCUGUGAUAACAGGCUGGCUUGCCUAUGUCACUGUUCUUUACUCAAAGUAGCAUGUAAAAUACCUGGUCCUGUUUUCAUUGAAUUGUAAUGAUUUUUUUUUAAUUUCUAUUCUGUAUGUAAUUAAUGUUAUUAAAACACUUGUUAAAAUAA